GGCAGUGGCAGUGGGAGCGUAAUUUCAGCUCCCCCAAGUUCCCCACCCCCCUUGCUUUCCCAGUGGCAGGCAGUGGGAGCUCCCCCGAGUUCCCCAUCCGCUCCGAUCCACACACAAACCCUAGCCAUGGCCACCGUUCCACGAUCGGAGAUGCUGCGCGCCCUCGUCCUGGAGCUGCCCGAGCGAUUUCUGGGCUCGGUCGCGAGGCAAACCCGUACGCUGUGGGUGUACGAGGACGGAGCGAUGGUGCGCCGCGCCGUCUCCUACAGCCCGGCGCUGUACCAGCUCUUGGACGGCGCGCUCCUCACCGCCGCGAGGAGGAACCGCGACCACACCGUCGGCUCCACGCUCAAAGUGGACAUAGAUGUCCAGGCCUGCCGCAUCUCGAUGCACACCACCGCAGGCGGGCCACCAGUCAGCCUCGACGAGGAGGAGGAAGGCGUGUACAUUCCGGAGCUCAUCUACGGGCGCAUCACCAACGUCGACGACCCCGAUGACCUCGCCCCGAAGCUCCCCAACUUGUUCUCCACCGAGUUCGUCAUCGAGAUCGCCGACGGGCGCCUGCGACAGAAAUCCUACAAGCAGGCCUUCUAUGACAACAUGGGCAAGAGGUCCAAACCGACGACUCGCAAGUGCGCCAAGUCAGCCAACUGGACUAGAGUUACCUUCAAGCCCGACCUCCCCAAAUUCAACAUGACCGAGCUCGAUGCCGACAUUGUCGCACUGAUGAAGAGGCGAGUACUUGAUAUGGCGGGCACACUUGGCAAAAAGGUCACUGUCGAAUUGAAUGGCGAGAAGGUGCCAGUGAGAAGCUUCUCUGAUUACGUGCAACUGUAUAUUGAUUCUGCUUCCAAAGAAGGAAUUGAGCUACCAAGAUUAUAUAAGAAAGUUAACGACUGCUGGGAGGUGUGCGUCACUCUAAGUGAAGGCCAGUUCCAGCAGGUCAGUUUUGUGAAUGGGAUUGCGACCAUACGAGGUGGAACUCAUGUCAACCACGUCACAGACCAAAUUACCAGUCAUCUGAUGCGCGUUGUGAACAAGAAGAAGCACAUCCACAUUGGACCACAUACAGUAAAAGACCGCCUAUGGAUAUUUGUUAAUGCGCUCAUUGACAACCCUGCAUUUGAUUCACUGACCAAAGAGGCAUUGACCUUUGGGCCCGAGUGCCACCUCCCCCAAGAGUUCCUCAAGACAGUGUCUAAAUUGAUCAUGGGGAGCAAUCUCCUCUCUUGCGCCGAGUCCGAACCAAACACUGAGGUACACAGGACUGACGGAAGCAAGGGGACAGGUCCUCUUCGCAUCCCUAAGCUGGAGGAUGCAAAUGAUGCUGGUGGGAGUGAAUCUGAACAGUGCACCUUGAUCCUUACUGAAGGAGAGUCAGCAAAGGCUCUAGCGAUGGCUGGUCUAUCCGUAGUUGGAAGGGACAAAUACGGCGUGUUCCCUCUGCGGCAGUGUACUAUGUUAAAUGCGAGAGGAGCAACCAGCACACAGCUGAGGCAGAGCCGAGAGCUACAGAGUCUAAUGGAAAUAAUAGGUCUGCAACUAGACAAGGAUUAUGAUAGCCCGAAAGACCUGCGAUAUGGUCAUUUGAUGAUUAUGACAAACCAGGACUGUGAUGGGUACCACGAAAAAGGCUUGCUUAUCAAUUUUAUCCACUCUCAGUGGCCAUCUCUGCUAAAGGCUCCUUCCUUCUUGUCUGAGUUCAUCACUCCAAUGGUCAAGGCAACAAAUAUCAGGAGCGAAGCUGUCAAGUCAUUUUCAAUGCCAGACUACGAAACAUGGAAGAAGAACUUGGGAGGAAAUGCAAGUGCAUGGAGUGUCAAAUACUACAAGGGGCUGGGAACCAGCACAGCUCAAGAAUGUCGGGAUUACUUUGAAGAUAUUGCGCAUCACAAGAAGGAUUUUUACUGGGCAGAUGAAAAAGAUGAUGAAGCUAUUGAAUUGGCAUUCGACAAGGGCAAGACCGGUGAGCGUAAGGAUUGGCUGUACAACUACCAGCCUGGAACUUGCCUUGACCGACAUCAGAAAAGCAUCACGUACAGUGAUUUUAUUCACAAAGAGCUGAUACUCUUUUCGAUGGCGGACAUUGAACGGUCAAUACCUUCAGUCGUUGACGGCUUUAAACGAGGACAGAGGAAGGUUAUGUUUUGCUCAUUCAAGAGGCAUUUGGUUAAAGAAAUAAAGGUGUCACAGUUUGUUGGUUUCGUGUCAGAACACUCAGCGUACCAGUAUGGUGAGACCAGUGUCGCACAUACAAUCAUAGGAAUGGCUCAGGAUUUUGUUGGCAGCAAUAAUAUUAGUCUCCUGGAGCCUCGUGGCCAGUUUGGCACCCGAAAUUCGGGCGGCAAGGAUGCUGCUACUCCUAAGUACAUCUGCACUAUGUUGCCGCGUAUCGCCCGCUUAAUUUUUCCAAAGGAUGAUGAUGUUCUUCUGAACUAUUUGCAUGAGGAGGGGGUGUCAAUUGAACCCAGCUGGUAUAUGCCGAUCAUUCCCAUGGUUCUAGUUAAUGGAGCUGAAGGCAUUGGCACUGGAUGGAGCACGUUUGUUCCAAAUUAUAAUCCAAGAGACAUUAUUUCUAAUCUGAAAAGGCUCCUUAAAAAGGAGAAUCUUGUACCCAUGGAUCCCUGGUACAAGGGGUUCAAGGGCUCCGUGAAAAAGAGAUCUUCAGAGGAAUCUGGAUCCGCAUAUACCGUGACAGGUGUUAUAGAGCAGGUUUCUGACACCAAGCUUAGGAUCACUGAGCUUCCCAUCCACCGAUGGACAUAUGAUUAUAAAGACUUCCUUGUAUCCAGUUGUCUGAACAUUCAAAAGGAAAAGAGCAAGCACAAGAACAAGGAACCACCGUUUCUCGAGGAUUUUAAAUCAUAUUGUGACCAUGAAACUGUGAACUUUGAAGUCCUCCUGAGUGAGCAAGAGAUGAAUAAUGCUAAGCAAGAAGGCCUUGAGAAAAAAUUCAAGCUGACAGACGUAAUAGGAACCACAAACAUGCACCUGUUUGACCCAGAGGGUAAAAUCCGAAAGUACGACACUCCGGAGGACAUUCUUGAAGAGUUCUUCGGUUUGAGGCUGGAAUUCUAUGCUAGAAGAAAGCAAGUAAUGCUGGAAGUGCUUGAGAAAGAGCUGCGGAAGCUUGAGAACAGAGUUAGGUUCAUUAUGGCUCUUCUUGCUGGGGAUAUCAUAGUGAAUCACAGUAUGUUGGCUGACCUAUUGCUUGUACUGGGGCAACAAAGAUAUGAUCCUUUCCCAAAGAAGGCCAGAGAAGAGCCAAUCGCUGUAGGAGAUACAGAAAGAAAUGAUGUGAGUC